GCUUGGGGGGGGGAGGCUUCGGGGGAGGAGGCUUCGGGGGAGGAGGCUUCGGGGGAGGAGGCUUCGGAGGAGGCUUUGGAUACAGGAGAGGAGGUAGUGGUGGAAGAAGUUUCCAGAGAGGAG